UUGGAUUCCUUACUAGGCAAACCCGUGAGUGAGCUGCUGAAUAAAUUUGCUCGUGAUCUGAAGGAUGCGUGGGGCUUGGAAAAUGGUGCCGACCCUGGCGCUAGGGAGUUCUCUCUGGGACCUGUACUGGACAAGAAAAAUCGAGCUGAUUUACACAGCGCUGUGAGGCAGAAAUUCCCCUUUCUGGUCACUGUUACGAGAGACAGUGAAAUGAUUGUAAAAGGAAAUGCGGAUUACAGAGAGCUUUGUCAGCUAGUGACUGAAAAGGAAACAAGCGAUUUCUUUAAAUUUUUAGAUGCAAAGCUAGAAAAUUCUACGUUUUCUUUUGAGCCUGAUGGGAACAAAGAGCACAGAAAAGUAAUUCACCACUUUAUCAAUAGAAAAUUUGGAAAACUUUUAGAAACAAAGUCUUUUACUGUGACAGAUGUCAAUGAUCAGCCAAAUAUGUCGAUAAUGGUACGAUUUCGAGAAAAAAGUUGGUCCAGGAAAAGGUCGGCUGGUGAUUUCCAGGAAAAACAAGAUCUUUAUACAGCUUUCACUCUUCAGAAAGAAAAUCUAGAAACGCUAGAAGCAAUCGGCUUCUUGGCUGCUGAACUUGGUGUUCUUCCUUCAGACUUCAGUUACACUGGCAUCAAAGAUAAGAAGGCUAUUACUUACCAACCUAUGGUUGUGAAGAAGGUGACUCCUGAGAGGUUGAAAGAAAUUGGAAGCACAAUGGAAAAAAAGGGCAUGAGAAUACACAACAUACAUUCAGCAUGCAAGCACCUUGGACUUGGUCAGCUGAAGGGCAAUCAUUUUGAUAUAGUUGUGAGAGAUCUCAAACACCACAGUCAUGACUCUUCUGCAGAUUUGAAAGAGAGAAUAUCUGAAGCAAUGGAAAGUGUUGAGACAAAAGGUUUUGUAAAUUACUAUGGACCUCAGCGAUUUGGACAAGGACAAAAUGUUCAGACAGAUCAAAUAGGAUUGGCUUUACUGAAUGAAAAAAUGGUGAAAGCUGUGAAGUUAUUCUUCACACCUGAAGAUACUGAUGACCCUGUAAACAACGCAAAAAGAUACUUUCUUCAAACUGAAGAUGCAAAGGGCGCACUCGUGAUGCUGCCAGAAUUUAAAGUGAGAGAGAAGAUGUUGCUACGAGCUUUAAAUCGCUAUGGUGUAAAUCAUGAAGGUUGUACCAAAGGAUGGCUCAAUAUUCCUCAUUCCAUGCGCAUAUUCUAUGUCCAUGCUUAUUGCAGUAAAAUUUGGAAUGAAGCAGCAUCAUACAGGCUGAAGAUUUAUGGUUCAAAAGUUGUCGAGGGUGAUCUUGUCUUCUCAGAAGAAAAUGAUGAAAGAGUUUCCCUGAAUGACAAGGUUCAUGUAGUCACUGCUCCAGAAGAGUCAGCUAACAAAUACUCUAUAAACCAGGUGGUUCUUCCAAUGGUGGGACAUAGUAUCAAGUAUCCCAGUAAUAAAGUUGGGCAAUGGUACCACGAAAGGCUUUCUGAGGAUGAGAUGCAGAUGUGCAAAUUCAGAGUGUCUCCAUUACAGCUGAAUAUACCUGGAUGCUACAGACCCCUUUUGAAAAAUGUUCAGAAUCUGUCUUACUUUUUGGAAGGUAGUGAAAAAGGAAUCGAAAUUGAAGACAACCAUCUGAAUGAAUCAAAAGUCUCUCUUCAUAUAUCAUUUGACCUUGAUCCUUCAUGUUAUGCAACAGUCUGUCUGAGAGAAAUAAUGAAAUGUGACUUUUAAGAUUCAAGUUAAUGAAAGAUUGCAAGAAUAUUAUACAAUGGUGAUAUUUUAUGUAUAAUGCCAAGA